CAAAGGGUAGGUUGAGAUCAUGCGGAGCCGAGGUGGUGACGUGCAGCUGUGUGCCCUUGUGGCGGUGGCGCUGGCCGCCCUCCAGCAGGCACAGGCGGCCGCUUUGCCGCCCGCAGCAGGACGAGCUGGAGGCUGCUCGGUGGACAUCAACGACGAGUCGGCGUUCCCAGACCCGCAGCCGUUGUUCCUGUUGCCGGGCGGCAGCGCCGACGCGAAGGGCUUCUGGGAGCCGGAAGUGUCCAGCGAGCUGCUGACGCUGCAGGAGGGCGACCAGCUCAACCUCGCCUGCACGGGCUCCGGCAAUGUCCUCACUGUGCUGGGCGUCGCAGAGGCGACAGCGACGUGCGUGUCCGGCACGACGUUCUCGGUGGACGGGCGCAGCUACGCGCUGAGCGACCUCAAGUGCAGCUCGCUCCCCGCCAGCUCGCAACGGGACACGCAGCAGACCUGUGGCGCCUCUGCCGGCGUCUACCCGCUACUGCAGAUCGGUUUCCAGCUGUCCACCGGCUUUGUCAAGCUUACCGACAUCUGCUUCGAUGACACGCGACUGACGACGCUCUACGCGCAAGAGACCAUAGUGGCUGGCAUCGGUGGCUACCAAAGCGGCUUCCCUAGACCCAACUGGAUGCAAGGUGACUUCUUCGGCGACAUAGACGUAAACACGGCGUACACAAAGAACAAACAGCGCGAGACUAUUUCGGAGAUACUCGGUUCGAGCGAGCUGGGGGACCAGUACGUCACGUCUGGCGACUACUACUUGUCUAGGGGCCACAUGUCUGCCAAGGCCGACUGGGUGUUCGGCUCGCAGCAGACCGCCACCUUCUGGUUCCUCAACGCGGCACCCCAGUGGCAGACCUUCAAUGGUGCCAACUGGGAAACGGUGGAGAGCAACGUACGCUACUACGCGAGCAAGAAAGGUACCGACCUGACGGUAUACACUGGAACCUACGGCGUCGCCACGCUGCCCAACGUGGACGGCGUGGAGACAGAGCUGUACCUGGUGGCUGACACCAAGCAGAUCCCCGUGCCGAAGCUGUACUGGAAGUUGGUGCACGACGCAGCCAACGACGCGGGCGUGGCUCUGAUCGGUAUCAACAAUCCGUAUGUGUCCGACCCCGGAGACGACUACUACCUGUGUCCCGACGUGUGCAGCAAACUCAGCUGGGUCACUUGGGAAUCCAACGACCAGAAGAAAGGUUUCAGCUAUUGCUGUGAAGUCAGUGAGUUCCAGAAGGUCGUCUCCGUGCUGCCAGAAAUCAGCGUCAGCUCACUGCCUACUCUCUACCUCUCCAAUGCACCAGAACGAGCUGGAGGCUGCUCGGUGGACAUCAACGACGAGUCGGCGUUCCCAGACCCGCAGCCACUGUUCCUGUUGCCGGGCGGCAGCGCCGACGCGAAGGGCUUCUGGGAGCCGGAGGUGUCCAGCGAGCUGCUGACGCUGCAGGAGGGCGACCAACUCAACCUCGCCUGCACGGGCGCCGGCAACGUCCUCACGGCGCUGGGCGUCGCAGAGGCGACAGCGACGUGCGUGUCCGGCACGACGUUCUCGGUGGACGGGCGCAGCUACGCGUUGAGCGACCUGAAGUGCAGCUCCCUCCCCGACAGCUCGCAACGUGACGCACAGCAGACCUGUGACGCCUCUGCCGGCGUCUACCCGCUACUGCAGAUCGGCUUCGAGCUAUCCACCGGUUUUGUCAAGCUCAUCGACAUCUGCUUCGAUGAUACGCGACUGACUUCGCUCUAUGUGCAGGCAACCAUAGUGGUGGCAUCGGCGGCUACCAGAGUGGUUUCCCUAGACCCAGCUGGAGGAGGCCAUCUGUCUGCCAAGGCCGACUGGAUGUUCGGCUCGCAGCAGACCGCCACCAUCUGGUUCCUCAACGCGGCACCUCAGUGGCAGACCUUCAAUGGUACCAACUGGGAAACGGUGGAGAGCAACGUACGCUACUGCGCGAGCAAGAAAGGUACCGACCUGACAGUAUACACUGGAACCUAUGGCGUCGCCACGCUGCCCAAAGUGGACGGCGUGGAGACAGAGCUGUACCUGGUGGCUGACACCAAGCAGAUCCCCGUGCCGAAGCUGUACUGGAAGGUGGUGCACUACGCAGCCAACGACGCGGGCGUGGCUCUGAUCGGUAUCAACAAUCCGUAUGUUUCCGCCCCUGGAGACGACUACUACCUGUGUCCCGACGUGUGCAGCAAGCUCAGCUGGGUCACUUGGGAAUCCAACGACCAGAAGAAAGGUUUCAGCUAUUGCUGUGAAGUCAGUGAGUUCCAGAAGGUCGUCUCCGUGCUGCCAGAAAUCAGCGUCAGCUCACUGCCUACUCUCUAUCCCCUCAGUGCGAACACGAUGGCCCCCCUGCCGCUGCCGCUGCCGCUGCUGCUGGCACUGCUGCUGGCCACGGCUGGCCACGCCUCACUGCUGCCUCGCGCAGGUUGCUCGGUGGACGUGAACGGAUCCAAGAUGCCCGACCCGCAGCCGCUGCUGCUGAAACCCGGUGGCAGAAAAGACGUGCACGGCUUCGUCACGCCGGACUCCUCGGGGGUGAUCUCGCUCAGCCGGAACGAGCAGAUCGUAGUCGCCUGCCCCGACAACAGCCUCCAGGCCACCGGGCAGUCGCAGGCGACGGCCUACUGCGUCUCGGGCUCCACCUUCUCCAUCGACGGGCGAUCGUACGACUUCGCUGACCUCAGCUGCCGAUCCCAGCCGAAGCCGUCAGGCCAGAAAACGGGCAGCUCGUGCGGAAGCAGCGGUCAGUACCAAGUGAUCCAGCUAGGCUUCCAGGUCGGCGCCGACUUCUACACGCUGAUCGACGCCUGCUUCGACGAUCGUUCCUACAGCACGGUGUACGACCACUCCACGAUGAUCGCCGAAAUGGGGGGCAGGCAGAGCGGUUUUGACCGGCCCGAUUGGUUGGACGGCGGCUUCUUCGGCGACAUCGACGUGGAUAACCAGUACAAACGUGCCACGCAGAUUCAGACAGUCGGCACGCUGCUGGGGUCCAGUCAACUGGGGUCCAAGUACAUCUCUGAAACCAGCGACUACUUCCUUUCCAGGGGACACCUCAGUGCUAAGGCCGAUUUCAUUCUCGGCGCGCUGGAGUAUGCCUCAUUUUUGUACGUGAAUGCUGCGCCGCAGUGGCAAACGUUCAACGGUGGCAACUGGAACACCUUGGAAAACAAUGUACGUUCCUAUGUUUCGAACAACGAGGUAGAGCUGGAAAUCUACACGGGUACGCACGGCAUCACGACGCUGCCGGACGUGAACAAUGUCGAGACGGAGUUGUAUCUUUACGCUGACGGUAGCAAGUACAUUCCAGUUCCAAAGAUCUUCUGGAAGAUCGUGUACGAUGCUAACACUAAGGCAGCUGUGGUGUUCGUGGGCGUAAACAAUCCGUACAUUGAGAACCCUGGCUCUGACUACUUCGUCUGCACAGACUUAUGCAGCAAGAUCAGCUGGAUAUCCUGGAAGGCCACGGACCAGGAGAAGGGUUACUCGUAUUGCUGCGAGUACGCAGACUUCAAGAACGCCGUGGCCGACGCACCCAGCCUCGGCGUCAACUCUCUGCUUACCUAA